AUGACCACCAACGCACCCGUACUCAACCCCCCAGACUCAAAUGACUCCCUCAACGAACUCCUAGGCCAAAGCGCCUCCGCGCAAGUUAGUCUUCCAGCCAUCGUCUCAGCAAUCCAAGAGCUAGCCGCAAGCAUGGAUCCUGAAUCCAUAGCCGAAAUCGCAGAACACAUAGAACUUCACUAUCGAACAUUUAGUAGACAGCGUUUGCUUCAUAGUAUAUUGAGACUUUCUCGGGUUUUACGGACGCAACCUUGGGAUGCGCCUGAGCAGCCUAGUGGGAGUGGGAGGUUUUUGAUGAAGAGGGAGGGAUUUUUUGAUAUUUAUAAUCAAGAAGGUAACAAUAAAAUCGUCACUAUCAACGUAGGAAGCGAAAACCAACAAGUUAAAUUCACCGCAACAACUGGCAUCCUAUCAGCCCAAGCAUCAUUCUUCAAGCCUCUUUGUGGGGAUCGCUGGAAAUGUGGUCGUGAAAGUACCAUGACGCUUUCCGAGCACUCAGCCGAGAGUUUCGAAAUCUUGCUCUCCUGGCUCUACACUAAGGACAUUAAAAACGCCUCAUGUCUCAUCAAAAUCCAUCCCAUCAAGAGAGAAAUCUCCAAUAUAUUUUUCCGCAAACAAUCGCAUAAAUCACGCUGGUUUCAACUUCUCAAUUGUUAUUUCCUAGCUGAUUAUAUCUGCGCACCUAAAUUUUCAAAUUAUAUCAUCGAUGCGCUAGUUUUCGCUUAUAAAGAAUGGAGUGAAGCGGAUUUUGGGAAGAUUGUACGAGAACCGAUUUUUGAUGAUGUGGAAAAAACGAGGGAAUUGGUGGAGAUUAAUACGCCGGAAAACUCACCUUUGAGGAGCUUAAUUGAGGAUAUUGUGAUGCCUAGGAUGGAGUUAAAGAAGGCUUUGACAGUGGAUGAGAAAUCUUCGAGGAUGCCGUUUAGGAUUAGGAGGGGAAGAGUAGUACUUUCUGAUGAUUCGAUUCCGAAAAGAUUGCUGCAGAAUGGUCAGCCUUAUAAUGGUGGGACUGCGAUUAGUUCGAUUAUUCAACCUGGUCAUUCGAGUUUGGGUCAGCCUAUUCUAAAUCAUUUGCCUUUUGAUCCAUCUCAGUUUCAUCAACCUCAACCCCAAUCAACCUUCUGGGAACCUAUAAACAAUCAUCACCAUGGUUUUUUCCUUCAACAGGAACCUCAACCCCAACCUCAGGUAUCCCAAUCGACCUUCUGGGAACCUCCAGACCUCCAUCACAAUCAUCACAACACAUUCCCAACCCAAUCCCAAUCCCAAUCCGCUCAACCCCUCCAACCUCUCCAAACCUCCCAGCCCCGUCCCCACCGCCUCUCCCGCUUCAUAAAGGGCAUCACCCGACGAACCGGAAACGAUAGAGAUAAAGACAACUACUACUCCAACUCCAAGGAAACCCAAGCCGGAUUUCACAAAUCGGGAAAAGUGAUCAAGGUUUGGGAGGAGGAGAGAUGUAGAUAUCAUGUUCAUGAGCCGGGGAGGGAUUGUAGGGAUGAGGUUUAG